GUUGUUUAUUGGGGUAACGACAAAAAGAGGUACCAGCUUGAAGUCCCAGAUCAUGCCUGUAAGAAAGCUGGUAAUGAAUAUGAACUAGUGAGUCAGAAAAAAGGAUUCAAGCGAUUCUGGACUCCCAAGACCAAAGACUUGCUAGCAGACAUGAUCUCAGGUGAAGAACACCAUAGAACGGCAUUGAAGGACAUUGCACGCAGAAUCUUCGAGCAGUUUGAUAACCAUCAUGAGAAAUGGGAAGCAGUAGUCCAGUGUAUAUCAGUUUUGGAUGUACUCAUUUCUCUCACUCGAUAUUCUCAAGAGAUCAAUAGUGUCAGGCCAGCCAUUUCUGUUCCCAGUGAAGAAGUACAGCCAUUCAUUGAGAUUCGAGAUGGUCUUCACCCUUGUGUGGUAACUACCUUCAGUGGAGAUGAAUUUAUUCCUAAUGAUGUGGUGUUAGGAGGAAGCAGUGAAGAUGCUCACUCCCCAUUAGUCCUUGUAACAGGUCCUAACAUGGGUGGUAAAUCAACACUCAUGAGACAGACUGCCUUAAUAUGCAUCCUUGCUCAGUUGGGUUCAUUUGUACCAGCAAGUUCUUGCCAGUUAACCCCUGUUGACCGAGUAUUUACAAGACUUGGUGCCUCAGAUAGAAUCAUGAUGGGAGAAUCCACUUUCUUUGUUGAACUUGCUGAAACAUCCUCCAUAAUUCAGCAUUCUACAAAUCACUCACUGGUUUUGGUGGAUGAGCUUGGUCGAGGUACAGCAACAUAUGAUGGAACAGCCAUUGCUUCAGCAGUUGUAGAAGCUCUUGUGAAAUUAAAGUGUCGUACACUCUUCUCAACUCACUAUCAUUCUUUAGUUGAUGACUUUGCUGAUGUGAAGAAUGUCUCAUUAGGACAUAUGACGUGUAACUUCUUGAUAACUUAUUGGUUCUAUAAAGUUUAA